AUACAUUGCGAAAAGAGGAACACUUAAAUCAUCUUAUAAAAAAAACUAAUAUUUUGGUGACUGAACCUCGUUUGGAUGUAUGAAAUGGACCAUUCAUAUACAGGGAAAUUAAUAGCCACGUCUGAUCUUGUAUUAGAAACAUAUUAAAUCAGUUUUUUUGUAAGGGAAAUUGUGCAUCUGGAUUGAUGGUUUUAAUCAUCCGUAACAACCGAAUACUUACUAGCCGACAUCCUAGAAUUAAAAGAUUUUUUUCUUAUAUGCAUAAAAAUCAACAAAAAGUAAAUCACAAAGAAAGUUUUUCAGAUCAGAAUAAAGAUCAAGCAUCAGUUAUGAGUUUUGUAGCUGUACUGAGCAAAUUAUUCUUAUAUAGCAUUGCUAUGUUUACUCUACCAUUUGCUGCAUUUUUUGGAAUACAGCAUGUUAUGAAGGUUGAAUUUCAUAUAGAUAGAUUCACAACAAAUUGCAUUUCUGUGUUUGCUGCAGUGAUAGCAGUUAAUGCAAUAAUAUUUUGUUAUAUUUAUCAGGCAUAUCAUGAACCUGAUAAUGCUACUGAAGUUAAAGCAAUUAUAAAUUCACCUUCUAAAGAUAGUCUGAAUGAAAAACUUGAUUAG